CGUGCGUGCUGUGUGUAGUUGUAAUUAAUAAACAAACGAAAAAAAGUGCAAAUACAAUGUCGGUCGGCAAAAUAAGUGAAUUUAAAAUCCAUACGGACGAUUGGAGGUUAUACAUUGAGCGGCUCGAACAAUACUUUUUAGUUAACAAAAUUGUGGACAAUUUAAAGGUUCCCACACUAAUAAGAGUUAUGGGAGCCGAAAGUUAUGAGCUACUAGUGAGUUUGUGUACCCCAACGAAACCGAGUGAAAAAACAUUUGAGGACCUAACCACCAUUAUGGAAAAACAUUUGCAACCGAAACCUAGUGCAUUAGCCGAGCGGUAUAAAUUUCGUCAUAGAAAGCAGGCUAACAACGAAAGUAUAGCGGAGUAUGUAGCAGUUUUGAAAAGGAUGUCGAAGACAUGUGAGUUUAAAACUGCAGUUUCGUUGGAAGAGAGCCUCAGGGAUCAGCUGGUAUGCGGGUUAAGUAGUGAAACGAUACGGCAGCGGUUAUUCGCCGAAGAAAAGUUAGAUUUUGCCAAGGCGUAUAGCUUGGCAGUCAGUUUAGCAGCGGCCGAAAAGGAUGCGGCCGUAGUCGAGGGAUCGUGCAAAAAGCAGGGGGAGGUCAAGGUGGCCGAUUGUCAAGCCAUAGCGGGAGUAUGGCAGCGUAACGCUGGCGCUGUGACAGGCGAUAAGGCGCAGGCUAGCAGCGGGCAAUCAGGAGUGAACAGGCAGUUUGGGCAGCGCGGGCAUUUCUCGGCGCGCGGGCAGCAAGCGAGCGGGCAACGCACGGGCGCGGGCGCGAGGCAGCCCACAGCGGCAGGACAGCGCGGGCAGCGGCAAUGCUCAGUUUGUGGGGGCUCCCACCCUGAAGCGCCGGCGCAAUGCAAAUUCGCGCGAUACGUGUGCCGCGUGUGUAAUCGCGAGGGGCACCUGCGACGUGUUUGCCCUAACGUGAUGGGGCACCAUAGGGUGGAAGCGAUGACAAACAUGGACUCUGACGACAGCGACGAGGUAAUUGUAAUUGACAUGAAUCACUUAUCUGUAUCUGACUGUAAGCCAAUAAUGAUUCCAAUUAAUGUGCACAAUAAAUCCUUAAGUAUGGAAUUAGACACCGGCUGUGCAAUUAGUUGUAUAAGUUCGAAAUUAUACCAGCGUGAGUUUGUUGAUUUAGAGUUAAAUAAAAGUAAUGUUGUAUUAAGAUAUUAUACUGGUGAACUCGUGAAACCGCUAGGAGUAAUCAAACCAUUAGUUAAAUACCGAGAUCGGGAGGCAUAUUUAAAUUUAUAUGUUAUCAAAGACGGUAUAACGCUUCUAUUAGGGAGACAAUGGAUAGCGGCUUUAAAUAUUCUUAACUUGCCAGUAUAUGACGAGUACAUGUUAGGGUAUGUCGACAGCGAAGAUAAAGGCUUUAAUAUAACGGAAUUUAGUUCCAGAUUCUCUAAGGUGUUUGAAGACGGUUUGGGCCGGUUCACGGGCGGCCAAGUGAGCAUACACCUGCGGCACAAAAUAGAUAAGUACAGAACGCAGCCGGUGUUCCUGCGCGCGCGGCCCCUGGCGUACGCACUGCGCGAGCCGGUGGAGCGCGCGCUGGAGCAGCUGGUGCGCGACGGCGUGCUCACCCCCGUCGACCGCUCCGACUGGGCUACCCCCAUCGUACCCGUGGUGAAGAAAGAUGGUGUUAGAUUCGAGUGGAAUGAUGAGUGCCAGGUUGCUUUCGAUAGGGUUAAGACUGCAUUAUGUUCUAGUAAAGUGUUAGUGCAUUACUCGGUAUCGCUACCGCUAGUUCUAACUUCAGACGCGAGCAGCGUCGGCGUCGCCGCUGUGAUAUCGCACCUCACGGCAGAUGGCGAGCGACCUAUUGCUUAUGCGUCACGGACGCUCACCGCAGCGGAGCGCGCGUACGCACAGAUCGAUCGGGAAGCGCUGGGAAUUAUUUUUGGUAUCAGGAAAUUUCACCAAUACCUGUAUGGGCGAAAAUUUAUCUUAAGAACGGAUCACAAACCGUUGACUCAUAUAUUUGGUAAUAAGGUGGGGAUACCAGUUAUGGCGGCAUCACGAAUACAGCACUGGGCCGUUCUUCUGUCCGGAUACGACUAUGAAAUCGAGUACGUCGCGUCGGCUAAAAACUGCGCGGAUGCCUUGUCUCGUUUGCCUCAGACUGGCAAAAAUAACAAGCAACUGCAUACGAGUCACAUGGGCAUAGUGAAAACGAAGGCACUAGCCCGCAGCUAUGUGUGGUGGCCGGGUAUUGACGCCGACGUGGAAGCGCUGUGCCGGCGCUGCGAGACGUGCGCGGCCGAGGCGCCGGCGCCAGCGCGCGCGCAGCCGUCUCCCUGGCCGUACCCACCACGGGUGUGGACUGUGGAGUAG